ACUCACUGAUGAACCCGUUACAAUGCAGAGUGGCAUGUGUUGUCAGAUUGCUGUUCCGCCAUGUAACGUGAGGGCGCUCCUUCCAGUCCACUAAUGCUUUUUUUUUCCACAGACGGCCUGACCCCCCCACCGACAAGCCACUUCCUCUUUUGUCUAAUUUCAUGGCGAUCGGGAGAGAGGGAACAGCACCGACGCACGCACACUGUUUCUGCACUCUUGAAAGAGUUUAUCCGGGUGUAAACACAUUUGUAAACCUGAUCGGCACUGCAAACAAAGUUCUCCAGGGGAAACUAAGCGGACAUCAGUAAAGGGGCUCCUUAGCACUUGGAUCUGUUCUUCCCUGUCCCAGGUUCAGACUGCUUGGUCUAUGGCUCUGAUGGACAAACACAAACAGGUCAAGCGGCAGAGACUUGACCGCAUCUGUGAGGGUAUUCGACCCCCCAUCCUAAAUGGGCCAAUGCACCCGCGGCCUUUGGUGGCCCUGUUGGACGGGCGUGACUGCACUGUGGAAAUGCCCAUCCUCAAAGAUGUGGCCACUGUGGCCUUCUGUGAUGCCCAGUCCACACAAGAGAUUCACGAGAAGGUGCUAAAUGAGGCAGUGGCCGCUCUGCUCUACCACACCAUCACUCUGUCCAGAGAUGACCUGGAAAAAUUCAAAGGUCUCCGUGUUAUUGUCAGGAUUGGCUCCGGCUUCGACAAUGUUGACAUCAAAGCAGCUGCUGAGCUUGGCAUUGCUGUCUGUAAUGUGCCAGCAUCCUCUGUGGAGGAGACAGCCGACACUUCGCUAUGUCUAAUCCUCAACCUGUACAGGAGAGUCACCUGGAUGCACCAGGCGCUCAGGGAGGGAACCCGGGCCUCCAGCGUGGAGCAGAUCAGGGAGGUGGCAGGCGGGGCUGCACGUAUCAGGGGUGAGACGCUGGGCAUUAUUGGACUAGGGCGUGUCGGCCAAGCGGUGGCUCUCCGGGCCAAGGCUUUUGGCUUUGGUGUGAUCUUCUAUGACCCUUACCUGCCCGAUGGCGUGGAGCGCUCGCUGGGCCUUCAGCGAAUGGCCACCCUGCAGGACCUCCUUAUCCAUUCUGACUGUGUAUCCCUGCACUGCAGCCUCAAUGAGCACAACCACCACCUCAUCAAUGACUUUACCAUCAAACAGAUGCGUCAGGGAGCUUUCCUGGUGAACACAUCAAGAGGCGGUCUGGUUGAUGAGAAAGCACUGGCUCAGGCCCUGAAAGAGGGCCGGAUACGAGGGGCUGCCCUGGACGUCCAUGAGGCAGAACCUUUCAGUUUUUCAACAGGCCCUCUGAAGGAUGCUCCAAACCUGAUCUGUACCCCUCACACAUCCUGGUAUAGUGAGCAGGCGUCUGUGGAGGCUCGCGAGGAGGCAGCCAGAGAGGUCCGCCGUGCCAUCACCGGGCGCAUCCCUGACAGUCUGAAGAACUGCGUGAAUAAGGAGUAUCUGAUGUCAGCCUCUCCGUGGCCCAGUAUGGAAGCCGCCACUGUUCACCCAGAGCUAAACGGAGCCACUUACAGAUUUCCUCCAGGUCUGAUCAAUGUUGCAGCAGCAGGGGGGCUCUCUGGAGCAGCCGGGGGGGUCGAGAGCCUUGUAACAGGCAACCUGUCACACGGCAUUGCCCCCGUCUCCCACCCUCCUCACGCACCCUCUCCGGUGCAAUCUGCUAAGGCUGAAGCCGACAGAGACAUCCCCUCCGACCAAUAGCCCCCUCCGCUGCCGCCAGCACAUUCCGUCACCAUUGGAAAACCAACUCCCCCACCUCCCGGCAUCAGACAUCGCCCGACCCCUCAGUACAUCGGCAGGGCCAGUUUGACCCAAUGUGGAGCCACACAUUCGUGUUCUUCAGAUCGCAUAACCAGCCUAGGAGUGACUUAUCCACAACCAGCCCCCUCCCACCCACACCCCAGAGAACACACACAUCCCUCCAUCUUUGUCCUCAUCACACCCUCUCAACCCCUCCCUCCUUCACUCCCCCAUGACGUCAGCAAUAACUUUUCUCAAGGAUUCAAUGAUUGGAUUGGUUUAUAUCCUUAGUUGGUUGUUUUAAUGGAAAGUUGAUCUGUUGUGGUUCUAGGUAUAAAUGUUUGUUUGUUGAAAAAAUAGCAUUUCUGAGUUGAGGCUUCACAGUCUGCUGCCUCCUGCAGGCUGACAGGUUGAAGCCCCCCUUUGUACAUUAAUGGCUCAUGUUACUGCUCUCUUCUUCUUCCUCCUCUUUGCUUUUUCUCCCCCCCCCACCUCUCUUGUGAAGGGGUUAUCUGUGUACUAAAGUAAACCAGGCAGAACUGCAAACAGUACAUCCUGUCCUCCUCACUGAGAAUCUAGUGACCCUGCUCAGUUUGGCCCUUUGGCUCUCCUUGUUACAGUCAUCAUCUUGCUCAGCAGAUGGAUCUGUGGAGCUGUCAGUGUGGAGCCCUCUCAGACUGUCAAAGUAUUUCUCUACAGAUCAUACGUCAGAUAGUAAUACCCAAGAUCCCUUUCAACUUUUUAAUCGCUGUGACCGGACAGUCAUCCCUGUAUUCACACAUGCUCUGCCUCUUAUUGUUUUGUCCUGAGAUAACAGCUCUGAGAGUCUUCAGAGGGCUCAUAUUCAUGAAUCUCCAUCUCACGUCAGCAGCCCCGGAGUGCUGUCUGUGAAGUUGUUACACGUGGUGUCCAAAAGCUGCAACAUGCACGAUGUGUCUCCAGCAGAGGGUGCUGUCUUACUGUUAGAGUUUCACCUUCAUGCAUGCGGCUCCUUUUAAGAUGGACAGUUACAAGUUGGCUUUCAGAAUACAUGACGGAUGGCCAGGGAUUGACUAGCGCCUUAUUAUUUGAUAAGACCUCACUGCACCCCACCUCCUUGCACCCAACCAACCACCCUUUACUCCUCAUCUCCCACCACCGUCAUGGACCAUCCCCACUCAUCAGCCCAUGAACAAGUUUUCAUCCAUCAAUUCCUUUAAGUGUGAGGGGACAGCAGAGUUUAGAUUCCCUGUAGAAGUAAGGGGACAGUGUUCUUGCAUGCUGGCUUUGUUGAUGACAGUGGUGUGUGUGCGCCUGUGUGUAUGGGAUUGUUGUGCGCACGUGUGUGUGUGUGUGUGUGUGUGUGUGUGUGUGGGGGGGGGUGUGUGUGUGUGUGUGUGUGUGUGUGUGUGUGUGUGUGUUUGUACGUUCCCUCACCCUGUUAUAACAAGCUAUUGUCUUUCCAAAGGAAUAGUCCCUCGGAGUAACUCUUUAACGCUGUUGCCCUGGUGUCAAGGGAACACCUUUCUAGUACCUCAGUAACAGAUAUUGAAUGUACCGUGCAUACCCUUUUAUUUUUUGUACAGAUUUUCUAGAUUCUUCUUUACUGUUCUUUACCAGAAGGGUUGUGAAAUUGUAGCAGUAAUGAUACAAUAUGAAAUAAAUACAUUGCCCCAUGAUAUAAAUUGACAAAAAUCUUUUAAGGUUCACUAUAGGUCACCGAAUACUCAGGCUUUAAAAAAAACAAAAACAUUGUGUUAAUUUUCUUCGCCUUUACUUUUACUUCCUCGUGGAAAUUUCAGCACAAGGCUUUCCCAUUCUUCGACUUGCGACUAGUUGAUGUGUUAUAAUCUCCAUAUUACUGGCUGAGGAAAGACAAAGGAAAAAAAAACUAAAGGCGGUCCCGUGAUCUGCUAGUUUUCUUUUACUAGAUUAUCAGUAGUAGUAGAUGCUGUUUUGUUUUGUUUGAACCCCCUCUCCAUUGUCUGGCUGCUCUAACUAUAGUGCAUGUGAGGUAAUUUUUUUAGGGGAAAAACUAUUGGCUUAAAGAAUUUAUGUCAUCUUGCUGUUUCCCUCCGCUCCCUGGCCUUUUCCCCCUCCUCUCAGAGUGUUUUCAACCCGAGUUGCCAUUUCUUUGUCGUGGUCAGUUUCCAGUGAUGUACAGUUUUCCCGUCAGAGUCUAUGAGAGACAUGGAGCAUGUCUGUGUCCUGAGAUGCUAGAUUCCUCUGUCAUGUGAUGAGUAUAUAUUUUUAAAAAUAACCCCCAUAGUUCCGAUUACUAGCUAUUAGUAAUCUUAAAUUUUUUGCUGUUAACAAUGAUGAUUAUAUAUAUUUUUCAGUUCAGCAGUGCACUGUUAUGAAAACCAUUCUGUUUUAUUGUAGGAUUUCAUUUUGUGGAUAUGCUGUCUGUGUUCUACAUGUUGUACUGAAACAUUUCAGAGAAAACAAGAGGUCCCUCUCCUGGUGAAUUUCUUUUUGUUUGAAUUUUCGUCUUAACCCGACUGUCCUUUCCAGCUGAUAUCACUGGGCCUUACUUCUCCCCCUGUUUAAGUAGCUGUAAUAGAAAGCCGCCAUGGAACCACUCACUGCCUUAAUACAGUUGACCACAGCAGGUGAAGUCAGGAGACACACCCAGUCGAAAAGCUCCUCACACCCUGACCGGCGUAACUCUGCACCACUUUGCUGUUUUCUUUGCUCUGAUGAACCACAUUCAGCCUUGUGUAGACAGUUUCUUCAUGGCUCAAACAUGUACAUCCAGUGUGAAUUGUAACUUUGCAUUAACUACAAAUGAUGCUUGUCUAGUUUUUGAACGUUUUAAAUCUGCUCAUCAGUGUGUAUGUAUGCUAACAGAAAAGCACAGUGUGUAUGCUCACAAAGCUAUAGCUCAUAUUUCACUCAUGGGUGUGAGAAUGCCCCCAACCCAUCUAAGCACCACUGACACCCUGGGGCUCUAAAAGCAUCUAUUCCAGAGCUACCAGAGCCCCCGGGGGAGGAGAUGGAGGGUGGGGGGCAUAGCGGUCACUGGUGUGGUCUGUCAAAAAAAAAGAAGAAAAAAAGAA